CCACUGUGUACACCUGCAGUGUUUCAGUUUCAGAAGCUCCAUCGCUGCAUCCAAUCAUUGACUUCCCCUCCGUCUAGGCAGAGAGGCCUUGUCCCAUGAGCCAUUGCAACCCAUGCUGCUGCUUUCAAUAACAGCUAUAGAAAUUCCCACCCUGGACCUCAUCCCAGACUCUAAUCAAUGGUCUUCAACAUGAGAGCUACCUUUGCCCUGACAUUGGUGGGCAACUAUUCAGAUUGUCCAGGAAAUCUGUGACAUUCCCUGCUGCCAUGUUCCGUUUCUACAGUCUCCACUCUUCCCAAUUAAUGUGAACAGUUGCCAGUGUUUGUGCAUUCUGCAGGCAGCCUGUCUUUAUCCUCAAAAUCUAUAGCUACAUCUGGGUCUAGAAGGAACUUUCUAAGCACAUCAGUGAUAAAACUGGUAAAUGAUAACAUUUAGGGGAGUUGUACUGCAGCGUAUACACAAGAUGGUGCUAUUGCACCAAAUAAAGCAGACGAAGUCAUGGCUUGUUCAGAACUAUCCCCUGGAGAACGACAGACGUUAGAAAAAAAUCAGACUGAAAGAGGAAGGCAGUUGCUCAGCACGGAGAGAACAUCUUUGGAAACUGCAACAAAGAAGUGAGUUGGAUAUGGAGCUCCCAAAAUAAAUACUGCAAAUGGAAAUAUUUGGCACUUAAAUAUAUUGAAGAUCAAUGCAGCAACUUACCAAGAACUAUCCAGUGUGUUGAAUCUGUGUUGAAGGAGGCUGAGACAAUGGACAAUCACAACAGCAUCUGGCAAGGUUGGUCCUUUUUCCUGUAUCUCUGCAUGUGUGGGGCAAUGUGUGAGUCCUUCCGCUAUUCAAUGCCAGAGGAAAAGAAAAGUGGCUCUCUGGUGGCAAAUGUGUUGAAAGACUUGAAGGUGGAUGUAAAGGAGCUGUCUGCUCGUAGAGCCCGGCUGGUUUCUAAAAGCACCAAGCAAUAUUUCCAGCUGGAUUCUCAUUCUGGGAAUGUGAUAUUAAACGAAAAAAUAGACCGAGAGGCUCUGUGUGGCCAGAAAGACCUGUGUGUCUUAGUUGCAGAGAUUGUGCUAGAAAAGCCAUUGCAAGUGCACAGAAUUGAAGUUGAAAUAGAGGACGUGAAUGACAAUUCCCCCCAGUUCUCCCAAGAAGAAUUUAUUUUCGAAAUACCUGAGCAGACUCAAACUAAUGCUCGAUUCCCUUUGGAGAAAGCUCAAGAUUCAGAUAGAGGGGAAAAUGGUGUCCAGAACUAUACACUCAGUCCAAAUGACCAUUUUGGACUGGAUGUGCAAAGUCGAGGCGAUAGUACCAAAUAUGCUGAAUUAGUCUUAAAAAAACAAUUGGACCGGGAAGAGCAAUCACAUUUUUUCCUGACUCUGUCGGCUAUUGAUGGAGGGAUCCCAAAGAGAACUGGAACAGCAAAAUUAACCAUUAAUGUUCUAGACAACAAUGACAAUGCGCCUCAUUUUCAUCAGUCUCUGUACAAAGUGAAACUAGUGGAAAACAGCCCAUUGGACACACUGGUCAUCAAAGUUGAAGCGAACGACCAAGAUCUGGGCUCCAAUGCACAGAUUAGUUAUUCCUUUAGCCAGGUGCCAGAAAACGUGCUGCGAUCUUUCAAGUUAAGCAAACAUACUGGAGAACUUGUCAUUGCAGGAACAAUUGAUUAUGAAGAGGAGAGAAAUUAUGAGAUAAAUAUCAAGGCCACCGAUGGCGGGGGGCUCUCUGCUUACUGCAAAGUCAUGGUGGAGGUGGAGGACACAAAUGACAAUGCCCCGGAGGUGACCCUCACAUCCCUCACCAGCCCCAUACCAGAGGAUUCUCCCCCGGAUACUGUGGUGGCUCUUUUCAGUGUCACCGAUCAAGACUCUGGAGAGAACAGCAGAACUGGUUGCACAAUUGAGGCCAACUUGCCUUUCAUGUUACGAUCUGUGGAGAAUAACUAUUACCAGCUGGUGUCCCAGCAGCCCCUGGAUCGAGAAAAAGCCUCAGAUUACAACGUCACCAUCACAGCUACAGACAAAGGCUCCCCCAGGCUCACUUCAAGAAGAAGAAUCUGUGUUCAGAUCUCAGAUGUCAACGAUAACGCUCCAGUGUUUGAAAGAUCAAUAUAUAGAAUGCAAAUACAAGAAAAUAAUAUUCCAGGUCUUUUGAUAGGAUCAGUACAUGCUGAUGACCUGGAUACAGAACAAAAUGCCAAAGUGGCCUAUUCUCUUUUGCCUGGGAAGAUAAGUGAUCAACCUGCGUCCUCUUUUGUCUCCAUCAACUCUGAAACUGGGAAUCUGUAUGCCAUCCGAUCUCUGGACUAUGAGCAGAUAAAAGAUUUCCAGUUAUCUGUGAGAGCUAUGGACAAUGGUUCUCCUCCCCUGAGCUCUGAAGUUAUAGUUCAAGUUGUUAUUGGGGAUAAAAAUGAUAAUGCUCCAUUCAUCCUGUAUCCUCUUCAGAACGGCACUUCCCCGUCCAAUGACCUGGUUCCCAGGGGAGCGGAGGCUGGCUACCUGGUCACCAAGGUGGUGGCCGUGGACAGAGAUUCCGGUCAGAACUCUUGGCUUUCCUAUGAGAGCUCCUGAAGGCCACAGAACCGGGUCUGUUCAGUGUGGGAGCCCAGAAUGGAGAAGUGAAAACCAUGAGGCCCAUUAACAAACGAGACAAUUUGAAGCAGAAACUUAUCAUUGGAGUCAAAGACAAUGGUCACCCUCCCCAGUCCA